GGAAUGUCAUCGCGAACUGGCUCUUAUUAUAUGCCAAUAGGCACGUAGAUUCCAUGGAAGUAGAAGUUGUGGACAGCAUGCUGUUGUCGAUUAUCAGAAAGAGAAAGGCUGGAGCACCAUUGUUCGACUCUGAGGAAACGACGUCUUCACUUGAUUCACAGAAGAGUAAGAGUCGCCUGGAGGUACGAAAGCUACUAUUCCUCGCGCACAUGCUGCCAGAUGUGGUAGUACUACUCCAACACACCACCAAGGACAAAAUGCAACCUGGAAUACCGCCUUCUCAAACACAAAAACUUCUUCAAGAAUCAUACAUCUACAGCAUCGAGCCUAAUCUCGGAAGCCCAGAUCCUUAGGAGGAGUCGAGGUUUAAAUCUGAGGCAAAAAAUGGUAAAGUUCACUCGUUGAUUUCUCCUCCUAAGGAUC